AUGGAUGAUGGCAGAACUACGGCCGAGCUCGGAAACUACUUCAGUCCUCCCUCGAAAGUCACUCAGGAGGAGGAGAGGAGGACAAAGGGCCUUACUGGGCAGAAGAUAUCUCCAACGGAAUCUAUCAACCCAGUGCCCAAACCCAGGCGCACCUUCCAGCACCCGUCCCACAGCGGGACCCUGCCCAGAGGCCCGAGGCACCUGCCGCCCCUGCCCUCCCAUAAGACCUGUGCCCCCCGCUGUCCCGGAGAAGUACAGGAUGAAGAGACUGAGACCGCUCCCAGUCCUCUGUGCAAUUCAACAGUUAUAGCUCGGCCUCCGGAGCACCACUACGAAGACAUAUUAGAUAAAGAAAACCCUUAUGAAGACAUAGAGCUGGAGAGUUCCUGCUCCCAGCAGUCACUGGCCUCUUCUCCUGGAGCUGACACCAACAAGACGCUGAGAGCCGGUUUCUUCAGACAGAGCUCCAGCCAGAGUUUGGGGACUCAUCAUCUCCGCAGUGCUCAGCCGUGUGUGAGCAGCAGAAGUACAAGAGGAGCCACAUCCAAUCCUCAGCUCAGCCCCCCCACGCCCAGGACCCCCAGGAGCCCAAAGCCAAACUCACGACCCCACUGUGACACCUCCAACAGCCGCACCUGCCAGAGGACGCCCACCGUUGUACUGAGGAUCAACAGUAUCUUUGAAGCUCGAAUUGGUAAAAAGCACUUGAGAAGGAUCUAUCAUUAUGCUGAGAGCAGUUCUGGUCGAGUUACAGAUGACAGUACCUCUGAGAGCGAGCUUGAAGACAGAGCCAAAGCUCAUCGUCAGCGCCUCGUGUCGGCCAAGUCCAUCCUGAGCCGCCCCAGCCAAAGCUCCGCCUGCAGGGCCCCUGUGGAGCACCAGCGCAGGCUCUUCGAGUACUUUGUGGUCGUGUCUCUGCAAAAGUCCAAGUCCAGUGGCCUUUAUCAGCCGGAGGUCACGCAGCAGUUCCCCCCAAAGCUGGAGCAAAGUUUCAAAGUCAUACGAGAAAGUGAGAAUCAGCUUCGGAGUAUCCCUCUCUUCUGCUUCCCUGAUGCUACAGACUGGGAACCGGUGGACCAUUAUCCAAGUGAAAUGUUCUCUUUUGUUUUGACUGGAGUGGACGGGAGCAGGAGGUUCGGAUACUGCCGCAGAUUACUCCCCACUGGAAAAGGAAAACGUCUUCCUGAAGUCUACUGUAUUAUUAGUCAUCUUGGCUGCUUCAACCUGUUUUCAAAGGUGCUGGAUGAGGUGGAAAGGAGGAGAGCCCUGUCUCCAGCUUUAGUGCAGCCUUUCAUGAGGGCCAUCCUGGAAGCUCAGUGCCCUGCUCCAGGGAAAAGCCUCACCAUCAGGACCUUCCUCCCAGGCUCUGGAACUGAGGUGAUGGAGCUGUCCCGCCCCCCCGACUCUCGCCUGGAGCACGUGGACUUUGAGUGUCUGCUCUCGUCUCUGAGUCUGCGGCUGCUCCUGGGAGUCUUCAGCUCUUUACUGCUGGAGAGACGAGUCAUCUUCACAGCACACAAACUCAGCACCCUGUCCCAGUGUUGCCACGCGGCCCUGGCUCUACUGUACCCGUUUGUUUGGCAACACACUUAUAUCCCAGUGCUGCCCUCCAACAUGCUGGACAUCGUCUGCACCCCUACCCCCUUCUUUGUGGGGCUACUGUCCAGCUCACUGCCUCAGCUCAGACAACUGCCCCUGGAGGAGGUUUUAGUGGUGGACCUUGGAGGCCGGCGUUUUCUAAGACAGUUGGAUGAUGAAGACUCUAUUCUCCCAUGCAAACUUCAGUCAGCACUGGAAAAUGUCCUCGAAAGGAGACGAGAGCUCGCCAGCGAAAGAGGAGACACCGACGUGAGCACGGUCGUGUCUGAGGCCUUCGUGCGCUUGUUGGUGGAGCUGGUGGGACAUUACCCUCUCUUCGUCAGGGGGGAGAGGGAGGAUGGGUACUCCUCUUCCUCCUCUUCCUCCACUCCGGGCCCCUCCAGCUUCCAGAGAGACCCUUUCAGAAAGGCCGUCCCCUCCAAGAGCAACCGCCGCUUCCUGGAGCUCUUCAUGGAGACGCAGAUGUUCUCUCGCUUCGUCCAGGAGAGGGAGCUGCGGAGACAAGCCCCUCAAGGGCUGUUUGAAGUCAGAGUGCACGAGUAUCUAUUGUCCAUCCAUGAUAAUGACCAUCGCAGAGUCAACCGCUUCCUCAAAGGUCUUGGAAAUAAAAUGAAGUUUCUGUCCAAGAAGUAA